AGAAGUGGUAGGCAAAGAGAACUGUGAAGUCGAGAACAGAAUCAAUAUAGCACAGAUUCAACGGAAAUAAUAAUAAUUACUACAGUCCCCCCGUAGCACACACACCCGCCCGCACAAAAGCCGGAAGGCAACAACAGCGCGAAACCUGAAGCGCGCACCCACGCAAGCUACAAUAAUGUUUGGAACGCUUUUCUUCGACGAGUCGCGGGUCGCAACCGCGUUUCGCAUUCGUCGCACACCACAGACGACCGGGGCGACGUCAGCCCACGGCGCUACAGCGUCCCAACACGCCAGCAGCGAAAUCCUCGCGCUGUCGCACCGAUGCGCGUUUAGCUGCCGCGGUGAAGUCGCCCUCCCCUCGCUGCGGGCGUCGCUGCUGUGGUGGCUGGACACGGACGCCGGCGUGGUCCAGCUUCUCGUGGUGAACGACGGCGAAAGCAGCCAGGCUGCACGAGCGUGUCAGUCUCGUCUCCUCUCCAUCGAGGUGCCCGCCAAGCACCCGAGCGAGGUGGUGACGUGCGGGGUGACGCGAAACUACAUGUACGACAAUGGAGUGGCGGUGGUGUGGGUGUUGGGGGGUGGGGGCGGCAGCGCGCUCGAUGCUCCGCAGCGGCUGCGGCAGCCGGGCAACUGCUUGAUGGCCGGUUUUGCACAGAUCACCGUGCAGCGAGACGUGGACAACACCGGUCACAGCAGCCUCCUCCUUGUGCCGGACGAGCAAAUCGUGGAGUGUGCGCCGCUGACCCGCAUCCCAAGCGAGGCAUUUGCGACGAGCACGGCAGGGUGCAGAGGCAGUGCCUGCGUGGUGGCGGAGCUGGCGGAGGCCGCGUCGGCGCGCACCAUCUCGCUCGUUGUACUCACCGACGGCGCACGUCUCUGGCGCGCGGAGCUGUACGGCGACGGCGCCGUCAGCGUGAGCGAGGUGGGCGACGAGCACCGCCGCAACUUCCUCCGCUCCUUCUGCGAUGGUAACGAAGAAGUGCGUCUGCUCGACACCCGCACCAUCACCGCUGACUUGCAACGCCUUUCCUCUCCUUCGGCGGACUCGUCUUUUCAGCUGUCGAUGUCCGACGCAAGUGCGCCGGAUCCGUCGAGCCCAUCAUCAUCACCUCCUAACAGGCGGUGGAUUCGCCGGUUUUUAGGCAACAGCACCAACGACGGUGACGCGUUGCUGAGCGGUGAUGCAGCAGGCAGUCUCCCUGACGUCGGCCUCCCCGUCACCAUCAAGCGACGCCUGUACGCCGCUGUGAGUGCGAUCCAGCUGAGCCCCUUUAUCGCCCUCACACGGUGGAACGGUCAGGUGGAGAUUUACGAUGUAGCUGGAGGUGCUCUGCAACUGGCGCCGCAGUACCCCAUUGGCGUUUUACCCCACGCAGCACUGCGCUCCGUGACGGAUUACGCAGAUGUUCGCCCACCUGCCAAGAGCGGCAAGACGAAGCAGCAGGGCCCGCAGAAUCGCAUCAACGCGCUGCCGGCGGGCGCGACCGCGCAGUGGGCGACGCGAGACCCCCGCACGCAGCUCGUGCACGUCAUCACCUGCCUCGGCGACGAUGGAGAGGGCCGCCCCUGUCUGUGGACGUCGUUACCGCCUCUGCCGCCCACCACAAACCUUGAUGGCGCGGUGCAGGACCACGCGGGCGAGAUCUUAGCGCAACACUGCACCGUUAGUGUGGCGCCGCCGACGCUGGCCAGCACGCCUCUCGCCUGUGCUGUGACUGCCAACGGCGGGCGUUUGAUUCUGGUGUGCGACAUCGGCUCUGAGGAGGACGGGCACCUGCUGUGCUCUCGUUCGCUGGGAGCCCUGACGCUGCGCGGGGACUCGUCGGACUCCGUUGGCGUAGCAACGGUGGUGCAGGUAGUGGAGGCAGAGGUCAACGACGGCGGACUUCACGGUCUGCUGCGCACAAGUCGGCUGCACGGGUAUUUGUGCCAAGGCGUCCGCAUGCAGGGUGUUGUCACCCGGGGGGAGGCGGUGGUGCUGGUAGGGCGGGGCUUGCAGCCGUGCCGCCUAUUUACGAUGGAGGAUGCGGCCGCCGAUGCGCUGAUGCAGAUCACAGAAGGUGUGGUGGUCGGCGUAGAGGUGGAAGACGUGUAUGGAAUUUCAAUGGCCGGCCGUUCUCCUUCAUAUGGCAACCAGGAUGCCCCAGAGCUCGUCACCGCGGGUAGUGGUGCUGGUAGUGGCACACUCGGGUGUCCGCCCCGUGUACACUACGUCCCCCUUGUCGAGGCGCCACCGCAAUCGCAGCCACCGUUGUUCUCUUUCGUGGAGUCAGCUGGCGAUCCAUUUGCGGUAUAUUGGGAGGGUGUGGAUGUAAUUCAGUCAUGCGCCCACGGUGCGCGGCUCAUGGCGGAGCUGCUGGCGGACGUACUGCAGUCAACGACUCCCGUGACGGAGAUGGCUUCGCUGCCCCGCUUCUUGAGUGAGGCGCACCUCAGUGGGUACACCGCGUCACUGCAACGCGGUGCCCCUACCACACGAGCCUCCGUCCUGGCCGCGGUGCAAUUGGCGCUGAACCCGUCGUCGUGCAGCUGCCGCAGCUCAGAUGAGCGCCGUGCCUCGCCUGCCUUCUACGAGUACAGCCGUCUCUACGUGACGCAGGCCGCCAUGGGCAAACUUCUGUCGCGGUUGACGUUCCUGACCACGACAUAUCUUGGCUGGCAGAGCACGCAGUCUGUUGCCGUUGCGCCGACGCUUUCCACCGCGCAGAGCGGUGACGCCGGGCCGUCAGCGGACUGGUUCACGCAGCAACUGGUGACCGCCUUGGAGGUGCUGGUGGCGGCCUACCACGCCGUGCCGUCCGCCGGGUCAGAUAUCGUUCAGAUGGCGCCGGUGGCCGACGACGGCACGCAACCGACCAGCGCGUCGAUCAUGGCGGCGUUGUUGCCGAGUGUCUCGUGCGACGUCAGCGCCGCGUCUUGUGCCACGCGCUCCCUCUCCGUCGUGCAGGUGGUCAACCGGCUGCGUCGGUGCGGCACUCCGCGAAUGGCGUGUGCCUGCACCGCCUGGGUCAAGCAGCUCACCCAUCGCUUCCCGCUGCUGCAGCACUACCAGCUGCUUUCCCUGCUGGACACGGCCGCCGCCCCAACGCAGUCUGCGCGUGUACAGGCGUGCUGCGAACGCGUGUGCCAGGCAUUAGCGCGCGAGACGGCCGAUGACGUCGUGAACCUGCUUUUCCUGGAGGGUCUUUUCCUCCUCGAUGUUGGCGGAACUGGCAGCGGCUCGGCCUUUCGUGCGCUGCCGUUGGAGGAGAUCGUCGCGUUCUUGUCCGCCGAACCUGCCAUGGGCCCGAAGCUGUACGCUGUUGGUGUGCUUCGUCGAGUCACCGGCCUGGGUGCUUUGUACACCUCCUUAAACACCACCGUCACGCGGCACUACUUACACGCCAUGCUGGUCGCGUGCGAUGAGGCGGCGGAGCGGCUCCAGCGGCGUGCUUCUGCCAGAUCUACCGCCGUGCUUCAGCUGCCCUUUCAACACUUGCGCCGUGCCUUUGCGGAGCUGCAGGUGGACGUGCUGCUCACCGCCGCCCAGGCGCGCGUGUCGCAGGCGGACAUGGCGGGCAGCUUCCACGACCUGCAGACCGCGCUCGACCUGAUGCUGCGCUACAAGUGUCUCCCCAUCUAUGCAGAGGUCGUCCAGCUGAUUUUGAGCAGCACCGUCGAGGUGGCGUGUGCCUCGCAGGCAAACAUGCGUGCGCUGCUGCGUGCGACGACCAUCGGCGCCGCGCAGCUGGAUGAGUCCCUCAUUUUAAAGUGGUACAACUACGUCGCGCGACUGCCGACGAAGAGCGCCUCGGAGGCGACGGAGGCGUUGCGCUACCGCGCCAUCAUGGGCUUGCAUCGGUACUUGAUGAAUCACCACAGCUACGCCCAGUGCGCGCAUCUCAUGUCCAGCCUCGCCACCCUCAUCCGCUGCUCUCCGCUGCGUCGCAGUGCCGCAACCGGCAUCUCCGUCAGCGAGCUGGCCGGGCUGGCCCUCCACGCUGCCAGUCGAAUCGCGCCGUCCGUGCCGAUGCCGGAAAGCGGACGGCCCGCGGGUGAUCUCGCGGGGGGUGCGAUGACAGCAGCCGCAACAUCAACGGCGACAACAUCGCAGAGCACGUCGCCGACGGCCGUCAUGACGGGCUCGCCGCUUUCCUUGGGCUACUCCUGGCAGCCCGCCUCCCUCUCCGCCUCCCCCCUGCCGACGGACCCCGCGAAAGUGGCUGCAGCGGAGACGUCAGCGACCGCGGCGGCAACCGGCACGGCGCGCUGGUUGACCCGCGCCGACAUCCCAUGGCUACAGCGUCGUCUCUACCAGGCCCAGUGCGAGCGUCAGCUGUGGCGCCGCGGCUGCACGUUGGACUGCACGGACCUGUGGGUCGAAGGCGCGCCGGUGGACGCCUACCGCGCCGGUGUGGAGAAGCUGGUGUGUGCGCUGAUGCAGACCCGCCUGUGGCCGCAGGCCUUCCGUUUCGCUUGCCUGUCCGAGGUGUACGACGCGUGCGGGGUACUGGAGGAGUGGGCGGUAGACCUGCUGCAAGGGGCUCAGCGCAGUCGCGACAGAGCCCUAGACGAGGCAAGCGCAGGGGCGCAGCAAGCCGACCGUACUGCGGCGUGGGAGGAGCUGAUCCGUUACUGCGGCGAGCUCUCCACCCUCGAGAACCAGUUUUCCGGGUUUGUGCGCACCGUGACGACGGCGCUGACGUGCGCCUACGAGGCGGUACCGGCGGAGCUGCUCGCCGCCCACCGAGUGACGGACGCCUACACGGCCAUGUCGACCCUCUUCCGCGUAGCGCUGGUGCUGCGCCGGCGGGCGGAUGACGCUGCUCAGGGGUCCCUACGCGACGACGAGGAAGGGGCGGGGAAAGACGAAGACACAGACGAGACUCAAAACGGUGCGACGUCGUCGUCCGACUCGUCUGAGGAGAGAGGCGGCAGCGCUUCCGCCGCGAACAAAACGCCAGCAACUACGGCGGCCGUGGUGGCCGCGACGCGGCGCGAUGUGUGGCGUGCACUGAGUGCUGCGGCACGUAUUGGACUAGAGAUUCUGGAGAAUCCCGCAGACUCCCGAGCGGCGAGGACGAGGGGGAGGGUGACGGGAAAUGAGGAGGAGGAAACGGUCCAGCGGCAUGUACGUUCGUUGUUGCCUCUUACCUCGCCGGUAGCGUCUGCGGCCCGCAGGGACUUUUCGCCUUUCACGGCGGGUGUGCUGGAUCCGAUGGCGGUCUGUGCGACGGAGCUGCUGCGCACGCCGGCCUACAGAGACGCACUGCCGUCUGUGCCCGGUGCACAGGAGAACGUUGAUCGGUUUUUGAACGGCAUCAACGCCCCCUGGGGCGGGGGCAGGCAGUGA